AUGGUCCACCGGUCCGAGACUGCUCCGCCACCUCGGCUCGAGAGCAGCGGAAGUGAGGAUGACGAGCUCGAGAUUAACACGACAAUCGUCUCCGAGGCCGAGUCCGCCGACACACCGACGGGCAUCCUCUCGCCGCCUUCCUCAGUACUGCGUCGCUCCAAGUCAAGCAUAGACGCAACUGACGGACACCGAAUCACCAAGCACCUGCGGUUUACUGCGGUUGGUGACGCAGCAUCUCUCAGAGCUAUCGAUAGCAAGGUAGUUUAUCCAGGCGGAGCGAGGCGUCGUAAACGCAACGUGCCCCGUGACCAGGAAUGGCUUCUGAGCGGUCCGCCCACCCCAAACCUCUCCGAGACCGCCGACCAGAUCCGCCGUACCAUAUCGCUCGCUUCUCUUGACCACCUUCUCCUUCUUCGCCAUGACCAGGAAGAACGUGCCCGUGUCGUCUCUGAACUUUCGCGGGCCGGCCGUGGGCUCGUCUGGCGUAGCCAGGACGACAAGCAGCAGUACCCGGAUGAUGCCGAACGCAGCUUGAUUCUCGCUCUCAAGCGUGGUCUUCGCUCAUUCAUUCUCGCGUUCAGUGUGCGCGCCGGCGUUAACGUUCUUAUUGUCCUUUUCCGCGUACUCAAGGCCGGCAAGCGAGGCAAGGGCCGGGUGACACUGAAAACUCUUCGGAAGGCAAUCUUUGGAGAAGAACCGCUAAGAUUCGGUGCCAUGAUUGGUACAUUCACCUUCCUUAACUGCCUCACUCUUCAUCUUCUGCGGUUAGCCCCGCCACUUUCGUACAUCCGACGCCGACUCCGUUAUGGCUUCUCGCAGCCGACGUUCGGCCCUCCGCAGCGUGAAGGCAACGAGGGAGAGCGACGCUGGCAGGCUGCGGCCGCCGGCGCUGUAGGAAGUCUCGGUCUGCUUUGGGAGACCGCCGGCCGCCGGACCGGUAUCGCACAACAGAUGUUCGUGCGCGGUCUGCAGGGGACGUACAACCAGUACGCGCCACAAAUGGGCAUCUCGAUUCCUCAUGGAGACAUACUCCUUUUUGGUCUGUGCUGCGGCCAGAUCAUGUACGCCUUCCUUCUCGCUCCUGAGACUCUUUCCCGCGAGUACUACAACUGGAUCCAGAGCGCGUCUGGCGUUCCCAAGUAUGCGGUCGCGGCGAACCGCACUGCGGUCCGCAACAACUUCAUCGCGCCCGCUCAGCUACAGAAGGCAUUGGCUGAACCACGGGGUGUGACCCCGAGCCACGCUCGCACCAUCCGUGCGAUGCUGGAGGACCAAGCCAAGGGCGGACGGCCGGGCUGGCACAUUCCAUGUGCCGUGCUCCACCCGUGGAUGGACUCUUGCAUCAUGUGCGAUGUAGAGCGCUUCUUCCGGGUCUUCCGCUUCAUGCUUCCAGUUUACGGAGCUCUCCACCUUAUCCCACCGCUCGUUCUCCGUCGACACCACUUCCAGAAGGACCCUCUUCGUAUGCUCGCGAAAAUCCUUCUCGGCAUCGUGCGCAGCUGUUCGUUCCUUGGCUUCUUCGUCUGCAUCAACCAAGCACUCUUUUGCAUGCGCUCGCGCACCCUCGACAUGCCCAACAUUCCCGACUUCCUCCGUCGCGUCCUCAACCGCAAGGAGAAUCUUUGGGUCAUGGGUUUCCUCGACGCUGCCUCUCUCUUCGCUGAGGAGAAGCGCCGCCGCGCCGAGCUGGCCAUGUACGUGCUCCCCAAGGCGCUCGAAUCGGCCUGGUUUGCCGCACGCCGCCGCUCGUACGUCCCACUCGUUCCGUUCGGCGAGACAAUCCUCGGCGCCGCCGCAAUGGCCAUGGUCAUGGACACGUACAAGCACUCGCCCGAUUCACUCUCGGGCAUCGUGCGCAAGCUCAUGUUCCAGCUUGUUGGUCCUGUGUAG